AUGGCACAUUAUCGGGUAUUGACGGGCAACCAGGAUUGGUCGGCCGAACAACUGGACCCAAUGUACCGUUUAGCAACUCGCAACAAACCCAUAAGGCUCACGGUGCUCAUGGAGGCGCUGUGUCCCGAUUGUCAGCUGUGGAUUGUCGAAGAGUUCUAUCCGAAAGUUUUCAAAAACUUUGCCGAAUUCAUCAACAUUGAGUUCGUACCCUUUGGAAACGCGAAAAUCACGAACGGUACGAUUACGUGCCAGCAUGGCUCAGAAGAGUGCAAGAUCAAUCGCUUUGAAUCGUGUCUGAUCGAUGUUCUUCAAUCCCAGGACCAUUAUGUGCCUUUCAUUUACUGCAUCGAAAAUCAGCUCCAGAAGUGGACACCAAAUCAAUUACAUGCCUUUGUACAAAAAAAGUCUGGAACUAACGUCUCCAUGUACCGACUGAUUUCGCAAUGGGAAAUCGUCUCAAUUCAUAACAACGCUUUAGGAAACAUUUGGCCGGAUAAACACACUUUUGUCCCGUGGAUAAUAGUGAACGGGGUAUCGUUGAGGAGCAAACAGGUGUUGAUCAACAAUCUGCCGUACCUUCUCUGUGACUGGUACACUGGAGACAAGGAGAUCCCGUUCUGUAGCUCGCAAAAGAAAAAAGGAUGCUCAAAAAAUGCUUUGAGAAACUACUAUCUAUCGAUGUAG